CUCCCAUGAGCCUUUGCGUUUAGCAAGCUACGAUGAGGACGGCGAGGCAAAUGGAUGAUAAAUGAGAACCAAAUGCAGCUUUCUAAAACCCCCAAAUUCCCACUGUUUAUAUGCUCAGCAGGUAGACACGUGAUAGUUAUUGUUGCUUGAAGAACAAAAACUUUGAUGUCUGCUGACAGGGAGUUUCACUUCCUCUUUCCUCCGCUUUAAGAAGAUCAUCCGGUGUUCUUCCCCAAAAUGUGCUGACGACGGGAGUCUUGGGCACACGGCAAAAAGAUGACGUCUGGAGCCGGGAAGAGACUUUUGGAUCUAGCUGCAGUCGCCUGCAUGUUUUUACUGAGUUUUGGUUCCUUAAACGCCUUCAAAACUCGACAACUGUUCACCAGACGUGGAGGCUCGUCGUUUCCCUCCUCUGAGAUCCCCGUCAGCUAUGAAACUUUAUAUUUUGACCAGAAGAUAGAUCAUUUUGGUUUCGUGGAGGAUGGCACUUUCAAACAGCGCUACCUUGUGGCCGACAAGCAGUGGCGCUCGCCGGGUGGUCCCAUUUUGUUCUACACGGGCAACGAAGGCGACAUCACCUGGUUCUGCAACAACACUGGCUUCAUGUGGGACGUGGCCGGAGAGCUGGGUGCCAUGUUGGUCUUCGCAGAACAUCGCUACUAUGGAGAAUCGAUGCCAUUUGGAACGGACUCUUUUAGCGACAGCAAACACCUGAACUACCUGACUGCAGAGCAGGCCCUGGCGGACUUUGCCGUACUGAUCCAGAAUGUGAAGCUCAGCAGAGCCGGAGCUCAGCAAAGCCCGGUCAUCGCCAUUGGGGGAUCGUACGGCGGAAUGCUGGCUGCCUGGUUCAGGAUGAAAUAUCCCAGCAUUGUCGUUGGUGCACUGGCCGCCUCCGCACCAAUUUGGCAGUUCACAGGGAUGGUGCCAUGCGGAGACUUCUACAAAGUAGUCACGCAGGACUUCGCCAAAAGCGGACCCAACUGCGACGCAAACAUCAGAGCGUCAUGGAAGGCCAUCAGUAACCUCUCCAGCACUGCCUCGGGUCUUCAGUGGCUGUCCGAGGAGUUCGGCUUGUGCGUGCCACUUAAGAGCGACAAGGACGUGUUUGGCUUCAAGGGUUGGCUCCAGGAGACAUGGGUGAACCUGGCCAUGGUGGACUACCCCUACAAAGCCGACUUCCUUCAGCCGCUGCCUCGCUGGCCCAUCCAGGAGGUGUGCAAAUAUCUGGCAUUGGAUUCGUAUGCAUCUGACCAGCAGCUCCUUCAAGGUGUGGCCCAGGGAGCCAAAAUCUACUACAACUACACUGGAAGCGCCUCCUGCCUCAACAUCUCUGAGACCGCCACCAGCAACCUCGGCAUACUUGGCUGGGACUACCAGGCCUGCACCGAGAUGGUGAUGCCCAUGUGCGCCAACGGAGUCCGUGACAUGUUUGAGCCUGCCGAGUGGAACUUCCAGGCCUUCUCGGACGAGUGCUACGCCAUGUUUGGAGUCCGACCGCGAGCUGAUUGGGCGGGCGUGGUUUUUGGCGGGAAGGACAUCGCCUCGCACAGCAAUAUCAUCUUCAGUAAUGGAGGUUUGGACCCGUGGUCUUCCGGCGGGGUGACCCACAACGUGUCCGCCUCCCUGUUGUCCAUCAUGAUUCCGGACGGCGCUCAUCACCUGGAUCUGCGCUACGCUAACGACCUGGACCCUCCUUCUGUGCGGGAGGCCCGCAUGCUGGAGCUGAGCUAUUUCCGGAAGUGGAUCAGACAGGCCACUAAAGGUCUACAAGGGGCUCCCAAGUCUGGCUAAAACCCUUCAAAACUAUGUUUUGUAUUGUUUUUGAAUCAAAUGCAUGUUUUUUUUACAAAUCAAAUAAAAGCUUUAAUGAAUUUAAAAAAAUAUGAUUCAGAAAGCGCCUGUUUGUAUUCAGGGUUAUUAAGUCUCAGCUGAAUUUAAGUGGGAUUGUAUCACUCUGGCCACUGUAUUUUCAUAGAUUUUUCAGGUAGCUGUACUUG